AAACAAAACCGUGUUGUAAAUGUAAACAUAACUUAUACUUUACCAUUACUUUACGUAUAAUAUAGGGAGUUUUUUUAUUAUACAUCAUUGUAACUUUGUUCAAGUAACUUGAGGCGAAGCUUGUAAUGAAUUAACACAUCUCUACUUUUAUUUUUACUGUAAAAUAACGUUGAUUUGAUAUAUAGAAUGAAGGUUAACUUACUUCCCUUUGAAAUUGACAUUUUUGUUAAGUUAAAAGAUUUUUACUAACUACACUAUACAACUUUUUGGGGUGAAAGUUUCCCAAAAAACCUACAGUAUUUGAUUUUAAAUUAGCGCUUCUAUUUUAAAUUAAUCAAAUAGCCUAAGUGGCAUUCAUUGUGCACAUAGAUUAUAAACUAGCUUAGGACGAAAAGGAUGAAUAAAUCAUGGGAAUGGUGUUGUAAGAUUCAGCCAGCUAUAAAUAAAUCUAUUUUACCAAGAGAAGAAGUUUUAGAUAACCCUCUCAAAUCAAAUGUAGUUGUAGUCAGUGAAAGCAAGGGUGCCAGUAGGAGGGGGGGUAGCACUGUAACCAGUACCGGGUCAUCCACCCCCACUCCCCCAGUAUUGGACCCGCUCACGGUAGCUCUAGACGGGACAGACCCGCUAAGUCAGUUUGCUGCCAGUCAGGAUCCAUUGUCAGUUAUGGCUACAGAAUCUUGGGAUAGAGAAGACAAAAAGUCAUCAAAGAAAGUGGAAAGGUAUAGCGACAUUGAGCCGUGGGCAGUUCGCAAAACAUCCAUCCUAAGCAAGUUUACCACCUCUGAGAAACUAUCCAUGGUGUCGAGUUUUCUUUCUGGAGGGGAAAAAGUGGUUGUAAAGACACAGAGCUCUGCAGUAAAGACUAGACUAGAGCAGCUGGAUGACUUUGAGGAAGGAUCAGUUAGAGAGGAGGCUGACCUAUCACAACAGGAGUAUGCUGGACGUAUAGAUCAACUCAACAAAGAGCUGGUGCAAGCGUGGAAUGAUGACCAACGAGUCAAAGCCUUGAAAAUUGCCAUUCAGUGUUCCAAGUUAUUGGUUGACACGUCAGUCAUCCAGUUUUACCCAAGCAAGUUUGUACUGAUCACAGACAUAUUGGAUAUCUUUGGACAGUUAGUUUACAACCGACUUCUUGUGAAAUCUGAAAAUACUGUACCAAUACGUCAGGGUGCAAGGAAUUUGUCACUGCCAGAGAACUUCAGCCCAGAAAUGGUGCCAGAAUCAGCCAAAGAGACUUGCCGUAACUGGUUCUACAAGAUUGCCUCUAUCCGGGAGCUGGUUCCAAGGCUGUAUGUGGAAGCGGCCAUUCUCCGGUGUUACAGCUUUCUGGACAAGGGAGAGCUGGUCCAAGCUCUGCUUCGACUGACGAGGAUGGUGCGUGGCAUAGGAGACCCUCUAGUGGCUGUGUAUGCUCGCUGUUAUCUCUGUCGGGUUGGCAUGACUGUGCACAACAUAGAGAAGCAACUGCUCAAGGAGAACUUUUAUGAUUUUCUAUCUUGUUAUCAUCAGGUGUUCAGUGGGAAUGUCCAAGUUGAUCUGUUACAUCAGAAGGUAGACUUGCCCACUUACCUCACCUUGUACACACCAGCUCUAGACUGGAUCUUACAGUCUUUGGCUCAUCAAGCACCUGACAAACUGCUGGAUGAAAUAUUGGCUCGGUGCAAGGAUCAGGGAAAUAGCUCAUUGCUGCUCAACUCCAUAAUGUCAGCCUUUAAGCCUGCCUAUAUCGCAUCACGAGCCAGCCUUUUUGUGCAGCUUAUAGCUGUCUGUGAUGAGCAAGGUUUUCCACAACAUUUGCUGUACCGCAGCCUAGGCCUGUGUCUGUCCAUAGCUGAGCCUGACAGUCCCUCACAGCUAUGGUCCCACGUGUGGCAUUACCUCACCUCACUGCACAACCCCCACCACUACAUGUCAUGUGCCGAAGUUUGGCUUCCGUUUGUAGCUCAGCACUUCUCGAGUUUUGAAGUGGACGUGUUCUUACAAGACAUCAUCCAGCACUUGUCUCGUGACAGAGCUUAUGAGAACUUUUACCCACAGCUACAGCACAUGGCUGGGAAACUGCUAACUUUGACUACUGAAUUGGAAUCCCUCUUCACUAUGGAGAAAUUCAUGCCGUUCGUAGACAUGAUCAGGAAUGAGGGUGUGAAGGUGGCAAUAUGCAAGAACAUCAUGGUGGAGUUUACAGCCAAGAUGGGACCAGUCAAUGACCCAGUCACUACCAACGCACUCAUGUCCAUCUGUCAGAUCAUGCAUGAUUCAGUCAAUGCUCUAACUGUGGAAGAUGAGAAGAGGCAGAUCAGUCAGCUGAUUGCUCAGUUAGUGUUGCGGGUAGAUCACGGCCGAGACUUUGAACAACAGCUAUCCUUCUACGUCGAGGCUAGAGCUGCAUUCAGCAACUUGGACUAUGUACAUGCUAUAUUGGUCCAGUGUGUCAACAGACUAGCUGUUGAGACCAAUCACGUAGUAAAGGGUCACCACACACGCAAGACCUCUGCGUUUGUCAGGGCUUGUGCAGCAUUCUGCUACAUCACAAUCCCAUCAAUCUUCUCAGUCACCACCAGACUACAGCUGUACCUGCUGACAGCCCAGGUGGCUUUGUCCAACCAGUGCCUAGGCCAAGUGGACGGUUGUCUGAAGGAUGCCCUGAGCCUUGUGCCAGAAGUCCCGUCCCAGCUGGAGGUGGAUGGCAAGAUGAAGAGUUCAGAACAGUUCCUUGUCAGCUACUUUUGUCAACUGCUCUCCACAUUGCUCGUUGUGCCGGACAGUCCAGAACAGGGAGUGCUUUACCUCAUCAGAGGUCUGUUGAAUGUUCUGCAGCAUUACACGUGGGACAACAGCAGCUGUGCUCGGGCCCAAGUCUACCUGAGAGCUUUGGACAUGCUAUCCAUCGCUGCUCAGGAGACAUACCCCUAUCAUGUUAAGAAAGUUGAUUCUAAUGAUGUGUUGUACGGGUCUGAUCCAAAGUUCAUCGCAGAGAUUAAUAAAAUGUGUUCAUUGAUCGUAGAGGAAGUGUUGAACCAACUGAAGGUGUUGGGAGCAGCAGAAUCAUACCAGAACCAGGCAAUCCUUGCCUUGGACUUGUUCAUGGCAGUGAUGGUGAGGGGUGAUCUGUCCAGCCAGGGCCUCGCAACAUUGGCAGUUAACCUCUGGAACUUGGCCAACAAGCACCGGCAAAUCGACUCAAAGCGCUUGAAGAGAACGUUGGAAUGUUUGAAAAGGAGAAGUUCUGCUCAGCCUGAUAAUAUUUACAGUGAAGUGCUUGCCAAGUUAGAAUUACCUUGAAGUUUUUCCAAAUUGUUUUAACUGCAAGACAGAUUUCUCCUGCUUUAGGUUAAAAUAUUUUGUCAUGCUUGGGAAAUAUUACCCUACCAUGUUUGGGUUAGGAGAAAUUGUCUUACAACAAAAAUAUAAGAACCAAUCAGGAUGCUAGUAGUUAAUGAAGAAACACCAGCUCAAAAUUUACUUUAAAUAGUUUGUUUGGUAAAUUGAUAGAACUCUAUGUGUGUGCAUGUUAAAAUCGGGAUUUUUGUCAUCAUCUGGGCAAGUCAUGAGGUGGUUCUUUAUGCUGUGGUAAAAACAUUUGUAUCAACAUCAUAAAGAAGGGCCAUGUAAUUGGUACCAUAGACUAAAAGAAUUAAAUAUAGACCGUCAGCUGUGCUGCGGUUACCAUAGCUUCUGGCGCACACCGUUUGGAGCGCCAUGUAGUUACGGCGUAGGCGCUACGUAAACUACAGCGGUGUGCGCCGGAACCUAUGGUAACCGCAGCACGGCUGACAGUCUAUAUUUAAUUUUUUUUGUCUAUGUCGGUACUGAGUGGAACUGUGUUCAAAAUUGGACAGGUUUUCAUCUCCACAUUUUUUUAUUGCAUAACUCAAAAUAUUCAAACGCAUAGCUUUAUAAACAUUGUGAAAUUCAAUGGAUAUUGAAAAAUUAAAUUAGUAUCAACAUUAAAACACCAACAUUGUUGGUAUGAACAGCACAGGCAGCUGGUUUUAGUAAGCAACCCAACUAAGUAAACCAGUCAGCUGUUUUUCCUGAUUGACUGGUUCAAAAUCAUAUGUUAUUUUAUUUAUAAUAUUAAUAAGAAAAUGUAAAUCAUUUAAGCCUGAAUACUCUAUAUUGUUAUUGAUUCAUAUUUUUAUAAGUUGUAAAGAAAUAAUAAAGAUUUAAUCUUUAUUUCUAUAAGAUA